AUGGCCGGGUGGAAAAAUGGUGUGGCUGCUCAAAUCAAGGCUCAAUCAGUGAAUGCACAUUUCACUCACUGUCAUGGGCACGCACUUAGUUUGGCCGUAAAGGAUACAACUAGUGGCUACAAGCUGCUACGCGAUGCCAUGGACACAACCAGAGAAAUCUGUAAACUAAUAAAGCUUUCUCCUAAACGCCAGGAAAAACUGGAACAACUCAAGGCCGAGAUGCAACUGGACACACCUGGGCUCAAAGUUUUGUGUCCAACUAGAUGGACAAUCCGAGCUGAAAGUUACAAACGCAUCCUAGAAAACUAUGAUGCGCUUCAGUUAGAAUGGGAUGAAUGUUUGGAGGGCAAACUAGAUUCUGAAAUGCGAGCCAGAAUAAUAGGCGUGAAGGCUCAAAUGGAGAGUUUUGAUUAUUUUUUUGCAUUGAACUUGGGACAGAGGAUAUACAGUCAUACUGACAAUUUGUCCAAAACGUUGCAGCAGGGCAAACUCUCGGCAGUAGAUGGUCAGCGUAACGCAGAGCUUGUCGCUAGUGUUCUACAGAAUAUGAGAACUGAUGACAAUUUCAGCGCAUUCUACGCUGCUGUCAACAGCAAAGCUACUGAGCACGAAAUAGCUAAACCAUCGCUACCAAGAAACCGGUCGGCCCCACGUAGAUUUGAAGUUGGUGAAGGCGAAGCAACGUUUCCCAGAACAUGCGAAGAUCGAUACCGCAGGAUAUAUUUUGAAGCGAUUGACCUCUCUGUUAAUGCUAUCAAAAGCCGCUUUGAGCAGCCAGGGUUCAAGGCCUAUGCAGAGAUGGAGAGUCUGCUCAUGAAUUGCCUAAACGGAGAGGACUAUGCGGCAGAGUUGGCUUUCGUUGAGAGAGAGUAUAGUGGCCAUAUUGACCUCUUCCAAUUUGAGUCCCAGCUGACACUGUUCAAGGCAAUGUUGCCAAAUGAGACUUACGCCUGUUUUCGAGAUAUCUACUCAGCUUAUAUUCAACUCAGCCUGGGGAAAAAAUUUUUGGUUUCAGAAGUUGAAGUUUUGAUGAGACUCAUUUUGGUCAAUCCAGCCACCGAUGCUGUGGGUGAAAGAUCCUUUUCUACAGCCCGUCGCUUAAAGAGCUGGCUUAGAUCGUCAAUGAACCAGUGUCGAUUGAACAAUUUGGCAAUUCUGACUGUCCACAAGGAGCGCACUGAUGCCAUAGAUUUAGUAUCCGUAGCUAAUCAGUUCAGCUCCUUAAAUGAGAAUCGAGUAGCCACUUUUGGAACCUUCAAAAAGGAAGACUUUGACAGAGCUCAUUAG